AUUCUAUAUUGUCAUUGUGAAGUGCGGAUCUGUCAAUGUCAUUCUUUUACCCCAUGAACCUCUGUUGUUAGUGGUGGAUUUGCUAACCAAUAUUUAUAAAAAUGUCGCUGGUAAUUCCAGACAAGUUCCAACAUAUUCUUCGUAUUAUGAAUACGAACAUUGAUGGCAAACGCAAAGUUAUGUUUGCUAUGACUGCUAUCAAGGGUGUUGGACGCAGAUACUCCAAUAUCGUAUUAAAGAAAGCCGAUAUUGAUCUUGACAAACGUGCUGGAGAAUGCACUGAAGAAGAGGUGGAAAAGAUUGUUACUAUCAUGUCUAACCCCAGGCAAUACAAAAUCCCUGACUGGUUCCUCAACAGGCAGAAGGAUAUUGUUGAUGGUAAAUACAGCCAGUUGACAUCUUCCAACUUGGAUUCUAAGCUCCGUGAGGACUUGGAAAGGCUGAAGAAGAUCCGUGCCCACAGAGGUAUGCGUCACUACUGGGGCCUGCGUGUGCGUGGUCAGCACACCAAGACUACCGGCAGGAGAGGAAGAACUGUUGGUGUAUCUAAGAAGAAGUAAUCUAAUAACAAUAAAAACAUAAUUUCUGCA